AUGAAUAUCAUGACAGAUAUUGAAAAGGAAUUGGCAGAAUUAAUAAAGAAAAGGGAUAAUAGUGUAUUCUUUAAGAAUUACUAUCAAAAGAAAAUAUCAGAAAAAGAAGAAGAAUGUAUAAAAGGACAAGAAAAAACAAAACCUCAGGACGACAGUAAUAACUUCAAAGAAAAUGAAAAUGACAAAACAAACCAUGGAAAAAGAUCAACAAACAAUUUUAGCUAUAGGAUAUGGU